GUAACUAGGGGGUGGGUGGGUCUGUCUAUCUUAGGGUUUCACAAGGUUCAGCUUUGCGUCGUUGAAUCGAGCGAGCACCUGUUGAUUGCGAGCGAUAAUGGGGAAAUCUGGAGCGAGGAAGAAGAAGAGCGGUGGUGGUACGAAGCAGCAGGCCGAAAUCUCAUCUUCGUCCGUGAACGGCGGCAGCGAUUUCGACGCCUCCGUGUACCUGAAACGAGCGCACGAGCUAAAGGAAGAAGGGAACAAGAAGUUCCAAAGCAAGGAUUUCCAAGGCGCGCUUGAGCAGUACGCCGACGCGCUCAAGCUCGUCCCGAAGAGCCACCCUGACCGAGCCGUGUUCCACAGCAACCGCGCCGCGUGUUUGAUGCAGAUGAAGCCGAUCGAUUACGAGAAGGUGAUCUCCGAGUGUUCCAUGGCGCUUCAGGUCCAGCCUGGCUUCACGCGAGCUCUGCUCAGGAGAGCUAGAGCUCUCGAAGCCGUGGGCAAGUAUGAGCUGGCUGUGCAAGACGUAAAUUUGCUCUUGGGAGCUGACCCCAAUCACAAGGACGCCACCGAGAUGUCCAGACGGCUUAUGAUGUCUGGGCCUGGUGGGCCUCAGAGCAGGCCUUCUCCUGCUGCUCUUGGCGCCUCUGCUGCUUUGGGUGGUCCCGUUAAUGGGCUUGGUCCUUGCUUGCCUUCUCGUCAGGUUCACAAAAAGGUUGCUCCUUCGCCUGUUGUUGCCUUGCCUGUUGUUAGUAAGGUAGAACGGCCAAAGAUGACAGAUAAUGGCCAGACACAGAUGGCGAAAAUUGUGUUGAAGCCGUCGUUGAAUGAUUCUUCUUCUAAAGGUGCAGAGCAGUCUUCUUCCUCCGUGGCUGUGGCUGUGGCUCAAGAGAAGGUAACUAGGUGGAGGCCGUUGAAGUUUGUUUAUGACCAUGAUAUCAGGUUGGGUCAGAUGCCUGUGAAUUGUGGGUUUAAGGUACUGAGGGAAAUCGUGAGGAGUCGUUUCCCUUCUUCCAAGUCGGUGUUGAUUAAGUAUAAAGACAAUGAUGGGGAUUUGGUUACUGUCACUUGUACUGCCGAGCUUAGGUUGGCUGAAACAGCUGCUGAUGGUCUUUUGACUAAGGAGCCUGAAUCCGAUAAGUCUGACUCUGUUGGGAUGUUGAGAUUGCAUGUUGUUGAUGUAAGUCCUGAGCAGGAGCCACCUUUGCUCGAUGAAGAAGAAGAAGUAGAAGAGGAGGAAGUGCCGGAAGAGAAGCCGCCUGUUGAAGAAGAAGAUAUCCGAGCAUCUCUGAGUGAAACAGAGGUCAGCAAUGAGAAAUCAGAUAAGGAGAAAACACCUUCUUCUGAAGAUCCUGAGAUGAAGGAGUUGGAGAUGGAUGAUUGGUUGUUCGACUUUGCUCAGCUUUUCCGGUCCCACGUGGGUAUUGACCCCGAUGCUCAUGUUGACUUGCAUGAGCUGGGGAUGGAGCUUUGCUCUGAGGCGCUGGAGGAAACAGUCACUAGUGAAGAAGCUCAGCCACUUUUCGAGAAAGCUGCUGCCAAGUUCCAAGAAGUUGCUGCGUUAGCUUUCUUCAACUGGGGUAACGUGCACAUGUGCGCUGCGAGGAAGCGCAUUCCGUUGGAAGAAUCUGCUGGAAAGGAAAAGGUUGCGGAGCAGCUUCAGACUGCUUACGAGUGGGUGAAAGAGAGAUACACUCUAGCUAAGGAAAAGUAUGAGCACGCCUUGUCAAUCAAACCUGACUUUUACGAGGGUUUGCUCGCUUUGGGACAACAACAGUUUGAGAUGGCAAAGCUCCAUUGGUCUUUUGCUUUGGCACAAAAGAUGGAUUUGUCUGUAUGGGAUGCAACGGAGACAUUGGCCCUCUUUGAUAGUGCAGAAGAGAAGAUGAAAGCUGCGACUGAAAUGUGGGAGAAGCUUGAAGAACAAAGGAUGAAUGAUCUGAAAAACCCGAACAAGAAAGAGGAAGUUUCAAAGAGGAGAAAGAAGCAAGGAGAUGGAGAAAACGGGGAGGCUUCGGAAGCUGUUACAGCAGCAGAAGCAGCAGAGCAAGCGAUUGCUAUGAGAUCACAGAUCCAUCUAUUCUGGGGAAAUAUGUUGUUUGAAAGAUCACAAGUGGAAUGCAAAAUCAGUGUAAGCGGUUGGGAGAAGAAUCUUGACUCAGCAGUUGAAAGAUUCAAACUUGCAGGUGCUUCUGAAACCGACAUAUCGACUGUUGUCAAGAACCAUUGUUCAAACGAAGCAGCUGCUGAAGGAGAUGAUAAGAAGGUAACUGAAUCUUGAAAACCUUGUCAGACGGAACCCAUUUGAUCACAGGAAGCUAAAACCAAAAGGCUAAACAUGGAAGGUGCAUUUCUGCUACUUGCACUCAUUGGAUAAGCUGCAACCGUUUUGAUGAUUUUCCUAAUUCAGUUUUAAUUAUGUGUGAGUUUUGUUUGUUUUUGUUUUUGUUUUGUGGAAUUUACUGAUGAGAUGAUCAACGUUUCUGAUCUUAUAAUAUUGCAACUUUUAUAUUCA